AUUUAGUAGCAACAAACAUACAUACUCUAAUCAAUAACAUUUAUCUCUGUGAACAACAUCUCUGUCUUCCUCAUGUCGGCGACAACACAUGGUCUCCUCAUUCCAUUGUCUGCCCUGACUAAAAGCAAAAAGUCAAUGCGACUUUCAGGCUAAUUCCUCAAUUAUUAAAGCGAAGGUGAGUUUCUGAUUCAUUUUAGCAUUAAGACAGACUUCUUGGUCACUGUUGUAGCAAACCAGUGCAGUGAGAUACACAUCUCUACUGUACAGCAUCAUAAAAGAAGAGAAAAAGUGGCCAAGAAAAAGGAUUUAGUUCAUCCAUCUCAAUUAUGCUCUGUCUCCUUCAAGAUUGAUUUAUUCGUUUUGGCGUAUAAAGACGUCGCCUGGCGCCAGCGAUUUCAUCCGUGCGGUGGCGAUGGACGAAUCGUGGCGAGCACCGAUCGGAUCCGUGAUCCCCCGGCGGCGCUCCACCGAGGAGACGCGGGGACCGCGGAGCCGCUGGGCUGACUACGGCAGCGCCGCCGCGCUUGGUCCAGACGAUUUCCGCGACGUCUUCGGCGGGCCGCCGCGGACGGUCCUCCUGUGCCGAUUCUCCGGUGAGCUCCACGGGUCUGGAGAUCCCAAGCCCGGAAGCUUCUACGGCGAAAUCGUGCGUCCGACGAACCGGCAGAGGCGGAUCCCUCGAGGGGUGGCAGAUGGGCGAGGGAUGGUGAAGACAGAGGAGGGAUUCUACGACGACAUAUUUGGGAACGAGAGCAUUGGCGGUCAGAGGUCGAAAUCGAAGUCGUCGUCGUCAUCAGUGCUUAGCUCGGAGGACGCCAUGCUCUCUUCCUUCGCUUCUAAGCUCAGGCCAAUCGCAAUCCCUUCAAAAGGUUAUGGGUCUUCUCCAUCAACCACUGCAAGAGAUGGAUGGAGCAUCGAUUCAUACCCAACAGAUUCCUACUUGUUGGAGUGCAAAGACUCCAAGAACGAAGGCCACAGUUCUAACGAACUACUUCGACAAAAAUCUCAUCUUGGAUUCUCCUGCUGCUUCUCACCGCCGGAGACGAUCAGCCUAGAAGCCAGCUUCCGCAAGAACCACGAUGAGCCAGCGGGGUCUUACAACUCCGAUGAUUCCCCAAUCUCGUCGGUAAUAUCUUCUGCAUCUCUUGCUCCCAUGCUGUCAAAAGCAGGCUCAGGAGUGGAGGAUGUGAUACUGGAACUGAAAAGGGACAGGCAAAGAGUUGGAAGCUCCUCCUACAAGAUCGAAGCCGACCACCAUGACCAGGGAGAUAGAGAAGGAUCUGAUGCCAUAGAUGAAGCGAUUGCGUGGGCCAAGCAGAAGUUUCGGAAUCAUCAGGAAAAAAUUAAUUCUAUGAAUCAGAUGAAAGAGGAUCCAGUUAGCAUUUGCUGAAGAAGACUGGAGCUUCAGGGUAUUCCUCUCUGUUUGGUAGAAAUAUACUUUUAAGAGAGAAUCACAAGCAAACAGCCACAGCAGUGCAUGAUUCUCUUCGUUUAUGUUGUUGUAUGCAUCAAAGCCUCGUUUAUGCCUUGUGUCUAGUACUAGUGUUUCGUUGUGUUUGUCGCGUCCAUUGAUUUGAUUCCCUUUCCUUGUUGGAAGGUUUAUUUAAUUCAGUUUUAGCGAAAGCUAGUGAUUAAGAGUCAACGAUGUCGAUAACUCAUUUUGAACAAAAAUGUUUGGUGUUAA